AUGGAACCAUGGCAACAUUUCAAGUGUACUGAGGAUUUUGGGACUGAAGGUCGUGGUGGAUAUUUCAGACAAUACGGAAUUAUCAGGGACAUCCUUCAGAAUCAUUUACUACAGGUGCUUUGCCUGGUUGCAAUGGAGAAGCCUUUUUCUUUAAUGCCUAAACAUUCUCCAUUGAUUAAGAAAAAUUCUGGAGAAUUUCCGAAAGCAUUUGAAAUUGGUCUACAAACAUGGAAAGCUUUAUACAAAUAUAGAAUCUUAUACACAUCAAAGAUGCUGGGCCUGAAAGAAGCAUUAUGCGUAGAGACAGAAGAUAGACCUGGAUUGCUUCUAGAAAUUGUCAAGAUAAUGGCUAAUGUCAAUAUUACUAUGGAAUCAACAAAAAUUGAUACUAAAGGGUUGAUUGCCGAAGAUAAAUUACACUUUAGCUACAGAGGGCAACUUUAA